CCCCCGCUUCCACUAGGCGCCGGUCGCGGGCGAAACCCGCCCUCCCCACCGGCAUCCGUCCGUCUCCUAGUCUCGCGUCCCGGUUCCGCCAUGGAAUCCAAUAAAGAUGAAGCCGAGCGCUGUAUCACCAUCGCCCUUAGCGCCAUCAAGAGCCGCCAGCCUGAACGAGCAUUGCGCUUCCUGGAGAAGGCACAGCGGCUUUACCCAACGCCGAGGGUGCGCGCAUUGAUUGAAUCUCUCACCCAGAACGGACAGACCUCCCAUGGCCAGUCCAGGCCAAAAGACACAGCCAAUUCUCACCGGAAAUCAGGUGGGGGAGAAACCCCUUCUGCCAAUGGUGAGGCUGGCGGAGAAGGCGUGAAAGGCUACACCCAAGACCAGAUGGAAGCUGUGAAAAGGGUCAAACAGUGUAAGGACUACUACGAGAUCCUGGGCGUGAGCAGGGACGCCUCCGAGGAGGACCUGAAGAAGGCCUACCGGAAGCUGGCCCUCCGAUUUCACCCUGACAAGAACCAUGCGCCCGGCGCCACGGAGGCCUUUAAGGCCAUCGGCACCGCUUAUGCCGUGCUGAGCAACUCAGAAAAGAGGAGGCAGUAUGACCAGUUUGGGGACGAGAAGAGUCCGGCCACCCGGCCAGGUCAGGGCCACGGUGACUUCCACCGGGGCUUUGAGGCGGACAUCUCCCCCGAGGACCUCUUCAACAUGUUCUUUGGCGGCGGCUUCCCUUCCAGUAACAUUCAUGUGUACAGCAAUGGGCGCAUGCGCUACACCUACCACCAGAGGCCUGACCGCCGUGAGAACCAGGGUGACGGUGGCCUGGGGCUCUUCGUCCAGCUGAUGCCCAUCCUCAUCCUGAUCGUCGUGUCAGCACUCAGCCAGAUGAUGGUCUCCAGCCCACCCUACAGUCUCAGCCAAAGGCCGUCGGUGGGCCACAUCCACAGGCGGACGACUGAGCACCUCAAAGUGACCUACUACGUGUCGGACAACUUUGGGGACGAGUUUACCGGCGCCAGCUUAAAGACGGUAGAGCGGAACGUGGAAGACGACUACAUAGCCAACCUCCGCAACAACUGCUGGAAAGAGAAGCAGCAGAAAGAGAGCCUGUUCUACCGAGCGCGCUACUUUGGAGACACGAGCCUGUACCACAAAGCCCAGAGGAUGAGCACCCCGAGCUGUAACAGACUGUCAGAGAUACAGGCCUCUCUGCACGGAUAGUGGCUGCCAGAUGCCCCGCUGAGGCCCAAGUAUGAGCCGGAGCCACCCCCAAGCGCGGGCGCCGAGCCUUGGGGGAGGAGGAGGGCUGCCCUCUCCGGAGCCGCGUCCACGGGCGCUCUGCUAACCAGAAGCGGGGAGGGGGCGGGGGCGGAGGGGAGGACCCGGCAGCGCCAGCGCCAGCACCAGCAUCGACCGGGAGGAAAUGUCUGAUGAGCGCCUGAGGAAGACUUCCAGGAACCCCCCUCCUUCCUGAGAGUUGGGGGGAGGCCCUUCUGCUCCCGGCUCCCCGUGGGUCACCAGGGGUCAUGAGGUGCCGGCGGAGCUUGGAAGGGCUAGGAGCAGGGAGCGUCAGGGGCCGAGGAGAGGGCAGGCAGGCCGCAGAGGGGAUGGGGGGGGGGGCAUCCCUGAAUCCCGCCCCGGAUUCUCAGGUGGGCAGGAGGAGGACAGCUUCUCGGUGGGGCGGCCUGUCACCCUGAAAGGAAGACCUAAGGCCAGAGCCGCUGGCCUGCCUGGGGCGCUGCUUUCUGGGGCCCCUGGAGCAGCGGGAGCCACACAAGAUGGCGGGGGGAUCCUGGAGGGGGCCCCCAGCAAAAUGGGGGGGCAGAGGGCAGCUCUGGCAUGCGGCCACGCUAAUGCCAUGACCACUUUCGUCCCCAGACGAUGAAACACGUGGAGAAUUUUCGGAGAAGUGCACUGAGCCAAGGUGAUGGACAUUCUCUUUAAGGAGCAAAACCUUAAAUUAAAGUGGAAUUGGAGGCUGCGCAAUGCACACCUGCCCUCUCUCUCACCCAAUAAACACAGAAAGCUCUUAGGACAGGAAAGCCCAGCUACUGAGCUUCUCUCUUCUUCCCACCACCGAGGAGGUUCCGCACUCAGUCCUCUCCUAGGAAACGGCAGCCAUGGCAACGGAAGUAGGAUGUAAAACUUGCAGCAAUGGGGGAGGGGGAAGGCCGGGAGGGCCGCAGGCUGCCCGCCCAGCCCGCUGGCCGCCUCUCCCUGGAAGCCUUCCGAUGCGGACCUACUAGAAAGGAGGAAGACGGGAGAAAAUAUAGGAUUUAAUUUAUAGUUGUGCGUGUGUUUGUGUGUGUGUGUGUACACCUGCCGCUCUGCCCCCUCGGAGCGGGGGUGUGUGUGUACCUGUGUAACUACACACACACCCCAAUACAGAAAUGGCUUCACACUCUAAACUAUGCAGGGAUCGGGCUCGGCCGGCUGCCUCCUCUCAAAUCUAGACUGGCCGCGGCUGACGGCGCAGGGAAGUGCCAGUCGGCUUUCCAGUGAUUUUUUCCCCCUGGAUGAAGGAUUUUUGUCUGGUUUCUGGUGGGUGAUUUCUAAGCAGAGCUAAUCAUGACCGGAUGGAACUUUCUCGAACCCUUUUUAGGAGCUGCAGGGCUUCAGCAAGGAGGAAAAACACGGUCUAUGGACCGGGUCAGCUGGGGGCCUGGCUGGCUUCCCAGUGCCCGGGGUCUGGCCCCCGUCCCGAGCUCAUCAGUAUUUAAGUGUGUCCGAGACUGUCGAGCCUGCCACGACGGACAAUGGCCGUCCGCUUCCCUGUACUAACCUUGAACUCACCCCCCGUGCUGCUCCUCGGGUCCCCCUUCCCAACAUAGCUUGUACCACAAGAAGCGCAGUUUGGCCCCCUGUCGUGGGCAUCUACUCACUGGAGCCCGGUGAGGAGGACCCGGCAAGCUUGGAAUGCACUAAAAGAGGGAAGCCAGGCCAUCCCUCUCCCCCUCCUGAGGUCCCCCAGGGGCCCUUGAGGCACAGCUCCCUGGCCUCCUGGGCACCCCAUGCCAGCCCCCAGGGGCCUGGGCAGCGCAGCCAGCCCUCACCCUGGGACCGUGUCCAAGCAAAGCGACCUUCCCGAGGAUGUGGGACCCGCAGGGUCUCCUCCUCCAUCCUCUUUGGACUAAGGAUAUUCUGCUGAAUCAGAAUGGCUUUCUUAUCUUCACUUUAUGAAGGAGGAUUUUUCUCAAACAGCUGUUGCUGCCAGGGGGAGGGAGGGAGCUUUUAUUUAUUCCCAGAGUUUAUACCCAGCCCUUGAAAUCAGCCAGUUGCCCUGGAAAUGGGUCUUCCUUUGGCAAAGUGUCACUGAGCCCAGUUACUCCUAAGCCUUACUUCUUUGCUGCCAGGAGAUGAUCCUCUCCUUGAGUUGUGUUUGGCCUUUUUCUUCAUUAAAAAUAAAUAAAUAAAUGAAUGAAUAACUAAGGGGGAAGGAGGGGUCCAGAGGGAACUCUACCAGCUGUUCUAAACUGGUGACUGCCCUCAGCACCAACCCUCCCCCCAGAGAAGUCUCAGUGGAAGAUGACUCAAGCUUGGCCUCACUUGUACCCACGUUAGCCAAGUGAGCUAGCCCGCCCCCCCACGACUUCUCUCCAGUCCACUCUGUGGAGGGCAGAAGCUGUGCUGCCCAGCUUCGGUCCUGAAGGCUCACUCAGGCUGGAUUAGAAUUAUGAAAUGUACAUCUAUAAAUAAAUGUUUAUAAUGGGA